CAUUACGCUCACGCAUCUGUCACGCAGAGUUUUUUCGGUACAAAACGGAGCGAAAAGUGUAAACACACAAACACGGAACGCAGCGUUCGGUUCGUUUGCGUUGUCCUCGCGCACAGCUUGUAGUGCUCUAAUACGGUGCCAGAAUGGGUCUUGACUUUGAGGUGCAGGACUACAUCAAGACCCUGAACAAGAACUGUCCCCCGUUCAAGUGUCCCAAGUGUGAGAAAAAAUACAAAUCAGUGAUCGGGUUGCAGUAUCAUUUGAACAACUACGACCAUGAUAAUCCGUCGCCGGUGGUUGGUGGUUCGACGACGACGACGACGACUACACCAACGGCUGUCGCGGCGGCAGAACCGGCGACAGCCUCUCCGGAAAAAUCUCCUGCCAAGGGGAAGAACAGAGGUUGUGCCGAGCCGCCAGCCAGUGCAAAGCCGAAUACACCAGCCGAAACGCCCGUUCGACCGCCGAAAAACAACAACAACAGUAAGAGAAGCCAGAAGAAGAAGGUCGGAGUAACUCCGAAGAAUAAAGCGCAGUCGGCGGCCGCUCGGGAAUCGUUGACCUACGUUGAAGCGGAGAACUUGGUGAAGAUUGAGUUUGGUGGAAAAAGUAUUAAUUUAUCCGUGGAAGAUGAGUUUGCUCUGAUUAGCAUGGAGGAACACAAGCAACGGAUGAACGAUCCGGAUCUGGAGUUGCUAGCGGUUCCACCGCCAACCGAACCAGAAGUGAAAUUGCCAGAGGGAAUUUUUAAAGAAAUUGAAGACUAUUCCAUUUGUGAUGCGCCGGUUAGGCCAAAUGCCUACAUUCGGUUUAUCGAAAAAAGCUCCGAGGAGCUCGAUGGCGAGGUGGAGUACGAUGUGGACGAGGAGGACACUACUUGGUUGGCCAUAAUGAACGAGCGCCGGGCAGCACAGAACCUGUGCCCGGUGGCAGUUGAUUCGUUGGAGUUGUUGAUGGAUCGGUUGGAAAAAGAAUCCUACUUUCAGGCAGCUGCAUCUGGUCAAAAUGGGGCUAUUGUCGAUGACGAUGCAGUUUGCUGCAUCUGUAUGGAUGGCGAAUGCCAGAACACGAAUGUUAUUCUAUUCUGCGAUAUGUGUAACUUGGCAGUUCAUCAGGAUUGUUACGGUGUGCCGUAUAUUCCGGAGGGACAGUGGCUUUGUCGUAGGUGUCUUCAAAGUCCUAGUCGAUCCGUUGACUGUGUGCUGUGUCCCAAUACAGGAGGAGCUUUUAAACAAACGGACAAUGGCCAGUGGGCUCACGUCGUUUGCGCUUUGUGGAUACCGGAAGUAAGAUUUGCUAAUACGGUGUUUCUGGAACCUAUCGAUUCGAUCGAGAUGAUACCGCCAGCGCGCUGGCGUUUGGUUUGCUAUAUUUGCAAGCAGAAAGGAAUGGGAGCAUGCAUCCAAUGCAAUCGAAACUCCUGCUAUGCUGCUUUUCACGUAACUUGCGCUCAACAGGCAGGACUGUGCAUGCGAAUGGAUCAAGUCCGUGGUAACGACACGCAUCCGGUCGUAGUUCAGAAGACAGCCUACUGUGACGCCCAUACACCAAGCAAUGCGUUUUCCUCUCCCGGAGAAUCCGGUGGAGAACUUGACCCGAGAGAGGUUUGUCGGGAAAAAAUGAAAAAAGCUCGCAAAAUGCUUGCCCUCAAGCGGACUUCCGCUCCAGUCAUUCUAAUCCCUACAAUCCCCCCAAAUCGAGUAGAGGAAAUUUCUUCACUUGUCAACAUCGCCAAAAAACCGCAAUUCAUCCAACGUUUGAUUGCUUACUGGACUCUUAAACGGCAGCACCGUAAUGGUGUUCCGCUGUUGCGGCGACUUCAGAGUGCUGGUCAAACACAAGGCGGUCCGGGAGUCCGUGAUAAAACCGACGGGUCUCCAGAUGCUCGCGAACUCUAUCAACAGCUUAAGUAUUGGCAGUGUCUCCGACAAGAUUUGGAACGUGCUCGGCUUCUAUGCGAACUCGUUCGCAAACGGGAGAAGCUUAAACUGAUCCUGAUUAAAACAAGCGAGCAGUGCGUUAUGGCACAACUCAAUCCAAUCGAGUCGGUGUUGCAUCGUAUUCUGGAUCAGCUGGAAGCGAAGGAUAUACAGGAAAUUUUCCGAGAGCCAGUCGACACGGACGAGGUCGCCGACUACUUGACCGUCGUGAAGCAUCCCAUGGAUUUGGGAACCAUGCGAACCAAGUUGAAGACCGGCUACUACACGAGCAUUGAAGAUUUGGAGUCGGAUUUUGCACUGAUGAUUCAAAAUUGUUUAACAUACAACAACAAAGACACAAUUUUCUACAGGGCCGGAGUCAAAAUGCGAGAUGCUGGAACGAUAAUAUUCCGCACCAUCCGAAAAGAGUUAGAACGGGCAGGUUUGUUGGAAAAAAUACAUCCCACGCCACCUGCUAUCCAAAAGGGAGAGGUCGAGGAUUCUUUACUAAAUGACAUCGAAGCGCAGCUUAGUCUGCUCGUAAAGGAACCACCCAGUCAGGGAUUGGUCGACAAGCUGCAGCAGCAGGUCACGAAAGCUAGCGGCAUCAAGCACGCACUUACCCGUUCCAAGAAGAUCAAGUACAUCCGAAAUGAAAUCGCAAAAAUCAAGCGAGCAAUCGCCAAAGAACCACCGGAGAAACCAAGUGCUCCUGUCGAAAAACCACCAGCCGAUGUUGCUACUAAAAAGGUAGAGCCAGCCAUAACGAAGUCUCCGAAGCUGCAAACACCACCGGCAAGUCCGUUGAAAAUUCUUAACAACAGCCCGUCCCCUUCGGGAGUGAAUCGAAGAACGGCCGUCCUGUUCACACGUAAAGCCCAGGCAGCACUAAAGAAACCGGAAACUCCAUCAAAGGAAGAAGCAGCCAUUGCCGAGACAAAGGAACUUUUACAGAAAACCGCCAAGAAGGUUACCCGCGGAAAACGAGGCAGCUCUGGCAAAGCCAAAACAUCUGGCGCAGGUGGAUCCGCUGUCGGUGGCGCAGGUAGAGGUGCACCGGGAGAGGCCGGUUUUCUUUCGCUCCCAGGACCAUCCCGGAGCAGCAGGUCGUCCGAUUCGGCAGACAAAAAAACCUUCGAAGCCAUCCCGGACAGCUUCCGGGUGUACCGCGGCGGACAGGACCGGGAAAUAUCGGACUCGGAGGAUAGUAAUCUCAGCUUCACUGGUAGCACCUGUAGCAGCUGCAGUGGAUUUAGUGGAAGCGGUACUGAAUCGGAGUUUGGCAGUUCCAGCAUGGACGACGAUCAGUCCUUCUGCGAUUCGGAGAUGUCCACCAGUGAGGCGGAAGCCUUCCCGGAGAAACCAAUGCUGGAACCGUUGAAGCUGGUUUGGGCCAAGUGCCGGGGCUAUCCGUGGUAUCCGGCACUGAUCAUCGAUCCGGAAAUUCCGAACGGAUUCGUACACAAUGGUGUGCCAUUGCCGGCUCCCCCGGCGGACGUUCUUGCCCUGAAAGCAAACUAUGACGAACCGGUUUUCCUGGUGCUAUUCUUCGACGUUAAACGGACCUGGCAGUGGCUACCGGCGAACAAACUGGAACUGCUGGGUGUGAACAAGGAGCUAGAUCAAAACAAAUUGAUUGAGUCGAGAAAACCGACCGAACGGAAAGCCGUCAAUAAGGCAUACCAGGAGGCAUUGCACUAUCAUAGCCAGGUGUCGAGCGCGGAUGGACCCGCCGGGAAGCUGUGAAGAUCGUUGCGACGAACUGGUCGUUUGCUGGUAGUAUGCUAGCCGUUAUUGUUUAUUGUAGCUUACACCGUUAUUAUCGUGACAAAAUUGUUGGAAAAGGAAAGUUAUGAGGAGACGCUACGAGCGUUCUGUUUUACGACGAUGACCCUGGACACCUGCUUAUGUAUGUUUUUUAUUAGGAAUAUAGAGGUACAUAGUCUUAGAUUCAUACCUGCUACAGUGUAUUAUUUAUGUGCGAUGUAUUAUCCGAUACGUGAAUAAAAAUAUGAACAGCAA